UCGAGCGCGCCCGCACUCACGGCCGCUGCUCGUCGCUCUAGCGCCAAAACUGCCGCGCCGCUCGCGAUGGCCACGUCCGCUCGCUCGCGCGCCGUACCGCUGCUCGUCGCUCGGAGAGGAGCGCGAUCGGCCCGCUCCUUUUCGUCCGAGAGCAGCUCGAGCUACUCAAAGCUCACGACUGGCUUCUCCUCCCGCAUCUCCAACGUGCAGGAGAGCUUCUUCUACCCGGUCGACCGCGUCGUGGUCAACGUUCCCGCCACGACGGCCAACCUGGGGCCCGGCUUCGACUCGUUUGGCUUUGCGCUCGACGUCUGGAACCGCGUGAUCGUGCAAAAGUCGGACCGGUUCGAGAUGGUCGUGGAGGGGGAGGGGGAGGGGCGGAUCUCGCUGACCGAGGACAACCUCGUCGUGCAGUGCGUCCGCAAGGUGCUGCACUCGCUCGGCAAGGAGAUGCCUCCGCUGCGGUUCGAGUGCCAGAACGCGGUGCCUCCGACGCGCGGGAUGGGCUCGUCGUCCGCGGCGCUGGUGGCGGGGCUCGCGGCCGGGCUGGCGCUGGGCGGCAAGGACGUGACGACGCCGGCCAACAAGAAGCUGCUGCUGCAGCUCGCCGCAAACGAGGAGGGGCACGCCGACAACGUGGCGCCCGCCAUCUACGGCGGCUUCCAGAUCGCCUUCAACGCCGAGGGCCACUGGAUCACGCAGCGGGUGCACAUCCCCGACGGGCUGCAGUGCGUCCUCUUCAUCCCCGACGACGAGAUGCCGACCACCGAGGCGCGCGCCGUGCUGCCCGCGAAGAUCGACCGCAAGGACGCAAUCUUCAACAUCGCGCGCGCCUCGAUGCUGAUCAACUGCUUCGGGACGUGA